CGUGAAUGAAAUCACCGAAGUGUCAAUGGAGAUGUUCAGCCAAAUCGACUAUUCGUACUACUUAGUCGCGCUGUUUUGCAUCGAAAGCCUUCAAAAACUCGUGCUGAAAUGUAACUACCACUUCAGCUCGUUGCGCGGUUUUGCCGAUGCCGCGAAGAAGGGGUUUCUCCAAAACCUCGAAACCGUGGAAAUUCGCUGUACUAUUACAAGGAAGUGUAUUUGAUGUCGCUGGUGGUCCUUCCGAAGAUGAAAACCGCGGUUCUGAGCGGGGCGAAUAUCGUGGAUUACAGUACAUCGGAGCAUAUUGAAACGGUCGAGCGGUACCGAGGCGUUUUGUUCGAUGAGUCAACGCAUCGAUCGGCUUCGGAGGACGCGAAGCGCAAUUUGGACUCGGUGAUUCUGCAGAACACGCAGCUGGGCGAUCGGGUUUUUCCUCUUUUCGUGGUGCCGCUUUCCGCUCAUUCCUCGCACAUCGACAUCCGGAGGAAUGCGAUCACGGAUGCGGGCGUUCGGUAUUGCUACAAUCAAGUCCGUGAGCGAGGCGAGUCGAUGAUGAAGACGCUGCUGGUGGACGUGGAGUCGCUCUCUCCGCUGAGCAAACUCUAUCUUUUCAAACUCACGCAUUGGAACGAGAGCAGCGAGGUCGAUGCCCAGAUCCGCGAGUUGGAAGCCAAGGAGCCGCUCGAUGACGCGGCGAAGGAGGUAAUGCAGCAGCUUCAAUUGCUGGAGGCGUCGGAACCCGUGGCGCCCGAGAAGCCGGAGCUUCCGCGCGGCUGUUGUUGCCGUGUGUUUUGUUCUGUUUGUCCCAAACAUGAUUCCAAGAAGAUUGAAUUUAGAACGAACGAAUGGAUGAAUGGAUGA